AAAUUACUUUUCUUUUUUCCAGAUGAUUUUGACUGUUUACCUCAGUGAUGGGGAACAGGCUGUAACAGAGGUGCCAAUCACCCCAGAAACGACGUGCCGCGAUGUGGUUGAGUUUUGCAAAGAGCCGGGCGAGAGCGGCUGUCACCUGGCCGAAGUCUGGAGGGGCAAUGAGCGAGCGAUCCCCUUUGAGCACAUGAUGUAUGAGCAUCUACAGAAAUGGGGACCACGGAAACAAGAAGUGAAGUUCUUCCUCCGGCACGAAGACUCACCAACGGAGGGUAGUGAUCAAGGGAGUCAGCAGUCUCAGGACCAAACUACACGCAGAGGAGGAAACACUGGAGAGAAGCACAAUGAGAAUGGGGUGGGCGGCCAGCGCGUGGAGCUCACUCUGUCCGAGCUGCAGGAGAUGGCCACACGGCAGCAGCAGCAGAUAGAGGCUCAGCAGCAGAUGCUCGUGGCAAAGGAGCAGCGUCUACGUUAUCUGAAGCAGCAGGAGCGGCGGCAGCAGCAGACUGUUUCAGAGAGCGAGAAGCUGCAGAGACUAAAGGAGCGAGUGGAGAGUCAAGAGGCCAAGCUCAAGAAGAUCAGAGCCAUGAGGGGUCAAGUUGACUACAGCAAGGUCAUCAACGGAAACCUGUCGGCAGAGAUCGAGCAGGUGACCAGUCUGUUCCAGGAGAAGCAGUCGGAGCUGCAGGCUGCUGUGCUGAGAGUGGAGCAGCUGAGCCUGCAGCUGGAGGACCUGCGCAGGGGGAAGCUCAAUGGAGUCCAGAGCACUUUAGGGGGGCAAGUGACCGGGACCGCUGCACUAGAGCUCAAGAAACUCUACCAGGAGCUUCAGAUUCGCAACAAAUUGAACCAAGAGCAAAACAGUAAGCUCCAGCAGCAGAAGGAGCUGCUCAACAAACGCAACAUGGAGGUGACUCUGAUGGACAAACGCAUCAGUGAACUACGGGAGCGCCUCUACAAGAAAAAAGCUGAGGCACGUCAAAAAGAGAACCUCCCUCUCAACAGAGCCAAUGGGCCUCCUUCUCCUCAGCCCACCCCUGGGACACUUGGGAGGGUGGCUGCUGUUGGGCCCUACAUUCAGGUCCCUUCACCUGGUCGCCAGGAGGGCUAUACACUCCCACCCGAACCACUGAAGCCUCAGAGUCUGGGUGUCAACAACCAAACCAACCAGGGACGCCCAAAGUCAGCAAAUGAUGCUGGUUGGCCGACUAUAGGCAAGUCGAGCACUUUGAAACCACCAGAUAGAAGAGACUCAGGAAGUGACACUCAGGGCAAGAGCUCCCCCUCAGGCUCCCCUGUGGCUCCAGCUACAGAUAAGACACUCUCAGUGUCCUCUCCAGGCGUCCCAAAGCCACAGCCCCCUCCUUAUGGCUCCCACCUCAGCUCUGCAAACGCCGCCAACUCUUUAGACAGACGAAAGGAUGUCCCGCCUCCUCUUUCUCGUCCUUUACCCAACCCCCCUCCUCCAGCUUGGCCUCGUGUGCCCCCAACCACAGGCUCGUCCUCUCAGCAGAUACAACAGCGUAUCUCAGUGCCCCCCAGUCCCACCUUCCAGCCCAAUGCACCCAUGUUCCCCCCCAGUCUGAGUGAGCGCCUUGACCCCCCUCCCGCUGUGGCAGUGCGUCCCUUCAUCGCAGACAGGGGUUCACGGCCCCAGUCUCCCCGAAAAGGCCCCGCUACCAUGAACUCAAGCUCCAUCUAUCACAUGUAUCUCCAGCAGGCAGCACACAAGGGCCAGCCACCCAAGCCCGCUCUCAAAGCAGUGUAUGGAAAGCCGGUUCUACCAUCCAGCUCAACUCCCCCCUCACCCCUUCCCUUUGUCCAGGCUGGUACAUUUGUAUUGCCUGGGGGUGAGGAGACUUUGGAGGGAGAGUUUGAUGAAUUGGACGGUUUGCAGCACCUGGAGCCCUCAGCCCCUCCUCCAAGUGUGGAGAACAUCCCAAGACCCCUCAGUCCAACUAAGCUCACACCAAUGGUACACUCACCACUCCGCUACCAAAGCGAUGCAGACUUGGAGGUACUGCGUAAAAAACUGGCCAACGCUCCAAGACCGCUGAAGAAGAGGAGCUCCAUCACAGAGCCAGAGGGCCCCAGUGGUCCAAAUAUCCAGAAGCUGCUGUACCAGAGGUUUAACACUCUGGCCGGGGGGAUAGAGGGCAGUGGAGUCAGUGCGACCCCAGGUGGAAACGGUGCAGGUAAUGGAACCCCCUUUUAUCAGCCGAACCCUCCGGCUUAUCUGGAAGGAGAGGCUGGUGCUGACACAGACAAUGGCAACCUCCCCUCAGAGACCCAGCUCCCGCCUCCACCAGGACCAGAGGAGGCGGGAGCUGACCCAGGUACAUCCACUGACGAUAAUGACAAUGAGCCAUUGCCCCCUCCGCCUGAAGGACUGGGUGACCCCGACGAGGCUGAAGGAGCUGAUGAGGACAAUAACAACAUGGACAGCUCUGAGGCACUGCUGCCUAGCCCUGUGCCAGAAGUGAGCACUCCAGAGGAGAGUGGAGAGGCAUCCUCACAGACACUGGAAAAGCGAACCAACUUAAAAAAGCCAAACUCUGAGCGUACUGGACAUGGAUUCAGGGUUAAGUUUAACCCGCUGGCUCUCCUGCUUGAUGCUUCGCUGGAGGGAGAGUUUGACCUGGUUCAGAGGAUCAUUUAUGAGGUGGAGAAUCCAAGCACUCCAAAUGAUGAGGGCAUCACUCCUCUGCACAAUGCUGUGUGUGCAGGACAUCAUCACAUAGUGAAAUUUUUGUUGGAUUUUGGUGUCAAUGUCAACGCUGCUGACAGUGAUGGAUGGACUCCACUUCAUUGUGCUGCUUCCUGCAACAGCGUUCAUCUCUGCAAGUUGUUGGUUGAAUCAGGCGCGGCCAUAUUUGCCAGCACCAUCAGUGAUGUCGAAACAGCUGCAGACAAAUGCGAAGAAAUGGAGGAGGGCUACAUUCAGUGCUCACAGUUUCUUUACGGUGUCCAAGAGAAGAUGGGUGUGAUGAACAAAGGCACUGUGUAUGCCCUGUGGGAUUAUGAGGCUCAGAACCAGGAUGAACUCUCAUUUAAAGAGGGAGACCCCAUCACCAUCCUGAGGCGGCAGGAUGACAGCGAAACUGACUGGUGGUGGGCCAGGCUCGAGGACAACGAGGGCUAUGUGCCCCGCAACCUCCUGGGGCUUUAUCCUCGGAUUAAACCUCGGCAGCGCUCCCUGGCAUAGCACUUCUCUGCGCUGAUCUCUGGCAAACAGCUAAAUCUUCAAUCUACGAGCAGAGAACAAAAGAGCCUGGUGCUCUGUCCCAGCAGCCAUCACCUCCCUCUCUCUCUCCUGUCUCUGGGCACCUCAGACGCACACCUCGACUCUCACUGAUGCACAGAAGAUCAAACUAUCACUCCUCCAUAUUCUCCAAGUCUUUUGUCCUUGUUUUGGGUCCAUUAUGGUUUAUUAUCCUUUAAUGUUAUUCUAAUACUGUACUGGCGUCAAGAGCAAACAUGUCAUUGCCUAAUAGAUUUAAAGCCUAGUUACAGUUAUUCAAGCACAGGGGGGUUCUGAUAUGACCAGUGCAAUUUAUUACAUUUGAAAAUAAAACGUCAUAACUCACCAAAGAUUAACUAUAUAGUGUCAUUCUAAUCAGUAUUAAUCAUAACUGCUGGUCAGAGUAAUUUUACUUCUUAACUGCGGAUUAGUCUGCAAAUACGGUUUCUAAAUUUAUUUGAUUUUAACAUUUCAUUAAUAUCAGAGAAAUCUAUGCUUAACAUUACUAGAAUGUGCUGAAAGGGUGUCUAUAAAAUAACAAUACUAAACUUUUGUCAUCAGUGUUUAACUACUGCUUUGUACAGUUGUUUUUAGUUUGAUUUCCUUUAUGUUAAACUUUUAUUUCUUGCGUCCUAAAAUAGCAAGGUUAGGUGGGCCUCUGUUUUGGGAGAUCUGAUCACCCUUAAAUGGGCAAAAGAAAUCUUAAAAAAUGUGUUACCAAAAAUAAGAUAUAUUAAAUUCUGUGUAUAUUUAAUGAAUUAGCCUGUUCUUAAAGUGUCUUAAGGUUAGUUAGUAUUGGACCUAUUGAAAAAAGAAAGAAAGAUGGUUUUGUUUGCAGUUUAUAAAGCUACUAUGACAGAAAAAUAAUUUAUAUUAAAGGUUGACUUCCUGAUCGGGAAACACGAAAGCAACAUCUCCACAUGAAUUUCAAUGUCGUAAUUACCAACUAUCGCUUCACUAUUGAAUGACCUUUGUUUAACCCCUUGGUGUUUCAUUCCAGUUCUCCAUUCACAAAGUUGACAUACAAUAUAUUUUACUUGGUUUUGGCAGUUCCUACUUGAAACACUCUCAGGACCAACAUGGUGCUGCCGACACUGUUCCACCACAAAACUAGUGAUCACUCAUAUUUAUAUCUCUACUUCAAACAGAAACCGCUCUCACAAACUAGAGUGCACAGUCUGAUUGUAACAUUUGCGUUUGCUAUUGACAGAAAGGGUAGGGCUUGCUGCAGACAAUCUUGGACAUGUCCUGUAAUUAUUUUAGUUAUCUGUCUGCCCCCUCGUUCAGGUUAACACUACUUCUGUAACACUAAACACAUUCAUAAUUUAUCAUAAUAAUUCUGAACCUUUGAGUCCAAGUCAACUUGUGUGUAAACCUUGAGUGAAUGAGUACUAUACCGAGCGGCCUAAGCUUUGUCGCAGCGUGAACCUGUACAUAGUGUGAGGGAUGUGUUACGUCUGUUUGCCGUAUGGAUAACUGGGCUUCUGUAAAAAGUACUGUACUCACAACAUUCUGUAAAUGGUGAACAAUAAAACAAGCUCUGGCAUGAA